UGUUACCACCCGUUGAAGUAGCGGGUUGGUAUGGGUGGCRGGGAUCGCCCGCGAGAUUGGGGUGACCGACGUGAUCGGUACAACGAUGAAGGAAGACGCGGUCGAGAUAAUGGCGACCGCCAUCGGACGCAUGAGCAUGAGGCACGUGAGCGGCAACCGGAGUUCUCCAAGCCCGUACGGAGAUUGCCUCCAGUUUGCUUUGGCUGUAAGGUACCUGGUCACUACAGAAGCGACUGUUGGAGAUUUUGGGCCGAUGCUGAUACUAGGAGUCAAGCAGAGCAGGAUGGCUAUAUCUGCCCUCCAGAGUUCGAGAGACGUGGCCGCUCGACAUCACCAAGAAAAAAUUAUGGAGCAACUGUAUACCGCUCACCGUCGGUAGACUCGAAGAGUACUUCGAAAUUGGAGGAACUGGGCGAGAGUAUCGCAAGCCUAAAGGAACUCAUUGACCUCGAGAAGGUGAGGCAUGUGGAGAAGGAAAGGAAAAGACUGGCUAAGGAGGAGAUUAAGAAACGGGAGAUGGAAGCACGUCAACGGGAGGAGGAGGAGCGCCUAGCGGAGGAGGCUCGUUGCAUGAGGAAGUUAGAGAAGCAAAGGAAACGUGAGGAGGAGCAAUUGGCAAUGACCAAAGCGGUUGAAAUGCAGCUGGCGGUACGACUGGGCAAGAUCCAUGAGGACAUAAAAAAUGAAGUUCGAAAAGUUGUCGAGAAAGGGAAGGAGAAAAUGAAGUUACCUUCCUCUUCGGGAACGACAAACAAGCCAAAUGAGGUCGAGGCGAUCACAACCGCUACAAAGAAUCUGGCCAUCGCAGAAAAACGGAAGCGGGGCGAAGUUACUGCGGUGGGAGACAGUCCGCCAGUUGCCACACCUGCAAAGAAGACUAACUAGAGAUCAGGGAUCCGACAUCUGCGUUUCUCCGAGCGUCCACAUCGGACACGUACACGGAGUAAUCGAAGACUGGUGCGUGCUACACCUGCGAAGGCCAUAACCGCGAUCAAGCCGCCUGUUCGGAACCUGGCGAUGGAGCGGUUAAUGUUUUUGGAUAAAAAACGGCGAACGCU